AUGAGCUCUUCUAACAAGCAGAUCACUCUCUACUACUCCAAGCUGAGCGUCUACGUCCAAAGGGCGUCAAUGGUCCUCGAAGAGGCCAAAGUCAAUUACAAGAAGUAUCCCAUCCAAAUCUUCGCCCCCAAGCCCGACUGGUUCCUCGAAAAGAUCAACCCGAGAGGCCUUGUGCCUGCUAUCACCUAUGGCGGCCCCGACGUCCCUGGUGACCAGCCCUCGUCCGAGGCUACCGUUAUCAUCGAAACGCCCGUCAUCAUGGAGUUCAUCGCAGACCUUCACCCCGAGGCAAACCUGCUGCCCAAGGACCCCGUCGAGCGCGCUAAGGUCCGCCUCUUUGUCGACGCUGUCAAUACGCACUUCGCGUCGACCUUCGUCGGCUUCAUCGUGAAGGGCGACUCAUACCAGACCGUCAUUGACGGUGCGCGGGCUGUACAGAAGCUGCUCCCCGACCACGGCAAGUGGGCGAUCGGAAACCAGUUCACGAUUGCCGACAUCGCUCUUGCCCCGUUCAUCUCGCGCAUCGAGCUUGCAAGCAAGCGCGGGGUCGGUAAAUACGCAGCGGGGGAGAACAAGCUCGUGCUCGACGCUCUGAACUCGCCGGAGUUUGCCAAGUUGAAGGCGUACAGUGCGAACUUGCAAGAGCGCCCGAGCUUCAAGGCCACGUUCGAUGGGGAUUAUAUCAUUGGGGAGCUGACGAAGCUCCUCGCUUGA